UUGUUUAAAGCAAUAAUUUAAUUCAUUCCGAAUAUAGUGAUUUACUAUGUUUGUAAACAUUCAAACAUGAUUUUCAAAUCAUUAUCGAAUAUGUUUAUUAGCAUGAAUGUUUUUAAAAGUAUAUAACAUUAGGGUCGGCCAUGAGCAUGUGUCGAGUGUGUGACCGUACAAGACCGACCCGUGUCAUUUAGGGGGCCGGGAUUUUUGUUUUUUGCGUACAUCAGUAUUUGCAACGGAUCAGUGACAGAUCAGUAACGGAUCAGUGUAAGAUUAUCUUAUAUACUAUCGUUCAUUUGUUUUUAUAAUUUUUUUAUAAAAAUUAUAAACUUAUUGUAGUAUUCAUAAUUUUUGCUUAUAUAAAAACGAAUACUUAUAUAGAAGUCUAUUUUUAUUUUUCGUAUAAGGCUUUCAAAAACUCGUCGUGUGUAAGACAAGGUAGCUAAUAUAAUAUAGAAAGGCUCAAAUUGACUUUUUUAUGUUCUCUCCGUCUCAAAAUUAUAGUCCAUAUUUCCUUUUUGUUUGUCACAAAAUAAUGGUCAAGUUCUAAAAAUAAAUAACAUGUUUAUCAAAAUACACCCUCAUUAUUAUUUAACCAAUUAAGUAUUUAAUGGAAUAUUAAAUGCAAAGUAAACACAAAACUGUCAUUUAUCUUAUAUAUUAUCGUUCAUUUGUUCUUAAUCUUUGUUUUUGUUUUUAGUAUGUGGACAAUAAUUUUGGGACGGAGGGAGUAUUAUUUUUAGCAAGGUAAAAACUAUGAUAAUUAAAUGCUCACAACAAGAAAUGGAACAAUAUGAUGACAAAGUUUAUAGACUUUUAUUCAUUUUGAAUAAAGUGAUUUAUUAGAGUAUAUAAAUUUUGAUAAGAACUAUUGACAACAUUAAUUGACACAUUAAGAGUCAGGCAACUAUCAAAACAAAAAAAUCUUAGGUAAAUUAAUAUCAUAGGUUUUUUUUUUCUUUUUUUUCUCUGUCUACCGGAUUCAAUUCAUUGACUCUGUUCGCUCUAUUUUAGCAUUAAAGAAUUAACCAAAUAGAAUAAAAUUAAUAUCAAAAUACAUGGAACUCUUAUAAAUUGCUAUCUUCUCAUCAUCAACUUCAUGUUCUCUCGCCAUUCUUUCUGGUCUACGAAAGCUAAAUACUAGUAAAAUUUUCUGUAAACACAACCAAUCAUGCCUUCUGGUCCAAAGAAGAGGAGGGCAUCAAAGAGGAAGAAGGGUGCCAACGGAAGAUUUAUAGAUCCUGCAACAGGUGAAGAAGAGAAUCAUGUUGAGGUGCAUGAGAGCGUAAACAAUGAAAGGGAAAUGAGUUUUGGUGAUGAGAAGGCUGGUCAUGCUGUUGAUGAAAUGGGUUUAAAGGAAUCUCAGUCUGUUGAUAUUCAAAUGGGUCUUAAAGAGAAUGUGAAAGAAAGUGAAGAUGUUCAAGUUCUUAACAAAUCUGAAUAUGUUGAUAGAGCCCUUCAGCAAGCGCCUCUGAAUGAUACUAUCUUAAAGAAUCCAGAAGAAAAUGGAUGUGGUGAAGUUGUUGAAAGUGCAUCUCAAGGGUCACCGGUGGUUAUGAAGGAGGGUGAAGAGACUUCCAUGCGAGGUGUUCGUGAAGAACGUUUAGAAGAGCCAAUCGGACGUUCUUUAGAUGAAGCACAAGAAAUGGUGAAGACAGUUAACCAGUCGAUUCUAGCUUCUGAAGAGGGUAAAGAUUUGUCUGUUUGGUCUAAAACGAAUGUUGAGAAAUCCUUAAGAGAUGAUCAAGAUUCUGUGGUUGAUGUGCUUCCUGUUGAAGAUGUUGUUGAAAGAAACAAAUCUGCUGAAGUUGGUGAAAGUGAAGAUUAUGUUAAUGAAGUUGUAUCAGUUAUGAAGGAGGGUGAAGAGAUGUCUAUAGAAGGUGUUCUCAAAGAUUCUUUUAAAGAGCCAACUGAAAGUUCUUCACAUGAAUUAGCGAUACCUACAAAAGAGAUUCAAGAUUCUUUAGAUGAGUCAGUUAUUGAAGUGGAUGUAGAGACAAUAUCCUUUGAAGAUGCUCCAGAUUCUUUCGAGACACCACUUGGAAGCCCUUCAAUGGCGGACUAUAUGUCUCCUAUUGAAGGCGAUGAUCAUUUGAUCAAUGGUUAUUGGAACCAGCAAAUUCAACAUUCUUUACCUGCAAAGUCGAUACCUUUGUGUAAAGUUCAAGAUCCUUCUUUACCAGUUGAGUCAGUUAAUGUAGUAAAUGUGCAGAUGUCCUUGGAAGAUUCUCAACAUUCCUUCAAAGAGUCAGCGGGAAGCUCUUCUCUUGUUGAUGUGUCUUAUGUUCAAGAAAUUAAGGAAUGUGCUGAAGUUGGUGAAAAUGCAUGUCAUGAUGACUCAGUUAUGAAGGAGAAUGGACAUGUGUCUUCAGUGGAUCACGAUCUUCAAGAAAUGGUUAAUCAUGUUGACUCAGUUAUGAUGGAGGAUGAAGAGAUGUCGAUGAAAGAUGUUCUUGAAGAACCUCAAGCGAUGGUUAAUCAUGUUGACUCAGUUAUUGAAAUGAAUGUAGACACCUCCCUAGAUGAACAUGAUUCUUCUAACAAGCUACUAGAGAUAGCAAUACAAGUUCAAGACGAUUUGAUAGCAUAUGAGUCAGUUAUAUUAGCGCAUAUAGAGACAUCCUUCAAAGAUGCUCAAGAUUCUUUGAAAAGGUCACUAGGAGACUCUUCUAUAGAUGAUGUGUCUUCUAUGUAUCAUGGUCAAACACAAAUGGUUAAUGAUGUUGAGUCGACUAUAAAAGAGGAUGAAGGGAUCCCAAUAGAAGGCGCUCUUGAAGAAAUUUUCAAAGAGCCAAAUGUAGAUACAUCCUUCAAAGUUCCAUUAGGAUUAAUCUCUUCUUUGGAUGUUGUGUUUCCUGUUGAAGGAGUUGUUCAAGAAAACGAAUGUACUGAAGUUGAUGAAAGAGCAUGUCAUGAUCCACCAGCAAUGGUUAAUCACGAUGAGUCAGAAAUAAAGGAGGAAGAUGGGGUGUCCAUGGAAGUUGUUCUUGAAGAGCCAACUGGGCGUUCUUUAAAUGAACCAAAAGUUGUUCAAGAUUCUUUCAAUGACCCACUUGAAAGCUCUUCUCUUAUUAAGUCAACUAUGAAGGAGGAUGAAGAGUUGUCCAUUAAGACAGUUGAUCACUCCAUUCUUAAUGUGAUACCUUCAAGAGAGGCUCAAGAUCCAUCUGGACGAGAUAAUGAGUCAGUUAUUGAACUGAAUGUAGCCUCCACAGAUGGUCAAGAUUCUUAUGAACCACAGUCAAUGGUUAAAACAGUUGAUCAGUCGGUUAUUGAAGUGAAUCUAGAGACAUCAUUCAGAGAUUCUGAUCAAGAUCCUUUCAAAAAGCCAAUGGGAAGCUCUUCACAGGUUAAUGUGUCUCCUGUUGAAGGUAGUGGUCAAAGGAAUGACAUGGUUGGACUAGUAAGGACAUUGUUGGAAGAGAUACGUCGGAUAAGAGCAUUUUAUGAAGAGGGCUUACGUCAAACUACCGAAAUACAUUUCCGUAUUUGUCGAGUUUUGGAAAAGUUUGAUUCAGGCGAGCUAAUUUGA